AUGAAUGUUCCGCGGGGUUUUCUGGCUGUUCUGAGCCUGGUGUGCUACGCUGAGUCGAGGUGCUCACCCACCAGUUAUUACAAAAGCUGCUGGAUUCGGCGGUUCCCGGGGAUUUUCGUCGAUAUCGAGGAGUCUCAGAGGAGAGGAGCGCAGAUGCUGAGGUUUUACCAGGAGGAGAGCGCGCUGAAAUGCAGCCGCACCUGUUGCCUUACGAGAAACAUUUCCUGUAACCUGGCCGUGUUUCACUAUGAUGCCAUUCAAGAAAACGUAAACUGCAUCCACCUGAACUGUCCAACGCUGGAGAGCUGCAUUCUGCGUCAAAAAAGCAACGUAGUUCUGUACAACAUCACACAAGGGGUGGAUCCGGAUUUGUUGGUAUUUGGGAAAUACUUCACAUCCAACGUGCGUGUGUUGCCCCACCAUUACACCCGGGUCAACGCCUCCGACCCGCUGCCCUCGGACAAGCGGCAGUUCGUCCACCCCCCUCCCCCCGCGGCGGGGCCUCUGACCCCGCCGCCGUCGGUCAAACCCUCCGGUCCAGUGAGUACGGCCCACGCCACCCCGGGGCAGCGGAGUGCCUCCGCUCCCAGAACGGUUUCCUCCACCGCGUGGUCCCCGGCUAAAAAAACUCCACCGUCCUCAGGAAGGCUCACGCAAACAGCAUCCACGACCACGACCACAUCCGCCUUUACUCCGUCGCCUUUAUCUGCCGCCUCCGGCCACCACAGCUCCGAGGAUCUUCCCCCGGUUCCUACUACAACCGAACGGCCAUUCCCGUCCAUAUCCGACCCCCAUCGCACCGCCACCUCCCCUCAGGAAGUCAAAGGCCCUUUGACCGCCACCACUCAGGCCAACCUGGCGACUAACCACACCACAGGAAAUGAGGGAGACGAUGGAGGAGGAGGAGGAGGAGGAGAGGAGCCCGUAGUGGAGCUGGGCCCCGGCUGGCACGUGGCCGCUCACACCUUAAUGGUGGCCGUGGCCGUUUGCGUCACCGUGCUGCUGAGCUGCUGCUGCUCUCUGCUGCUGGUGGUGAGCUGGAGGGGUCAGAAGAAGAGGAUGGGACGCUACCGGACAUCGUGGAGAAGGAAGAGAGGCUCCAUGCGGCUGAUUAAGUAUGUGCUGGUCAGGGAGAACUCCUGA